UAAAAGUAGGAUUCUUACAAAACACACUUGCUACUUGUAUACAUGGUCAAAGUUUUGAAGAAACAGUUUCAUGUAUAUUUAUCUUCGAGACUCGCCGUUUUAUUCGCGAUACUGUGGAUUAUAUUUAAAGAUUUGCGGAUGGUGACUCGUAUCGGAUUGAGUCAAACAAGAACAAGAACAAUCUCCAACGACAACAGGGAUUUAUUUACCUCAUAUAUACACCCGGAAGUGGUGUAAUAGUUAAUGGCUCUGUGCUUAGUUUGUGAGUUUGUUUGAAGCAGGACUGUGUGUGUUUUAGCAUUAAUGGAAAGUUGACCGCUCGGGAAUGGAAGAUGAGUCUUCCGUGCGUGUGAAUGUCACCGCGCAAAAUAUGCCCGGCUAUACCGGACGCGACGGGAAAUCUGUCCAUGUAUCCAGCGCGACUCGGAGCACAGAUUUCGGCCGGGAUAUCUGUAGCAGCAGCAGCAGCAACAACAGGUCGAAUGUGCCAUCAUCAUCAUUAUCCUCGAAGGAUGUUUUGGAAUUUCAUAAACACAAACACGAGCCAAAAGGGAUUAAUAAAGAAAAUAGGGAAACCAUACGAGCCGUGGAUAUUUUGAGAAGGAAUUUUGGAUCCUCUGUCAGUGAUCCAAAAGAUCCCCUGGAGAAAGUAGAAAAAGGAUUUGAGAUCAAACUGGGUGACUUGGAUCGUGAUGAAAGAGCAGAAAGUCCCAAGCAAGACAUGGAGAGCAACUCAGGAUUGGGAGAAGCUGAACUGUCUGAUCCUGAUAGGAAUCUUAAUAUUGAUUAUAAUAUUGAUUUCAAGAGAGCUGAAGAUCUCAACCAAUCAAAAGAGCAUGUUUACUGCACUGUGUACUGUAUUGCCAAUGAUAAUUAUAGGAUACCUGUCGAGAAAACAUCUGAUAACGAGACUACAUCACCCUCACCAUCAACGUCAUCUUCAGAUGUGUUGGUUUUACCCCCCACUGACACUCCAAAUCAGUCCGAAUCAGACCAUGAUCCCUACCCAGAGUCAUAUACAGUCACCGACCUCAUGGUGUCUGGGAUAAACAGCUUUUAUAAUACUGACAACAGUUCAUCUGUUGUGUUAACAUGUCGAAUUUGCCUCGAUUACAAACAUAUCAUGCCGCUACACUGUUGCAAAAUGGCAGUUUGUGAGGAAUGCCUGAAAAGAUACAUCAGCUCACAGAUUCAAGUUGGCCGGGCACACUUGGUAUGUCCCAUCCCAGAGUGCAGUGGUUAUUUGGAGGAGAGCUUGGUGAUUUCACAUCUGACCAUUGAGGAUCUGGCAAGAUACAAGUACUUCCUGGAGCUCAGCAGACUGGACACCAGCACUAAACCCUGCCCUCAGUGCAGCCUGUUUACGUCACUGAAGGGACACGGCCAACAGACAUCCAUCAAGACUGAACACAAAUAUAAGAUUCAGUGCACAAGCUGCCAGUUUGUCUGGUGUUUUAAAUGCCACGCACCCUGGCAUGAAGGCCUGAAGUGUCGAGACUACAGGAAAGGAGACAAGCAGUUGCGUCACUGGGCCAGUGUCAUUGAACAUGGCCAGAGGAACGCUCAGAAGUGCCCACGCUGCAAGAUCCACAUUCAGAGAACGGAGGGCUGUGAUCACAUGACCUGCGCGCAGUGUAACACCAACUUUUGUUACCGUUGCGGGGAGAAAUACAGGCACCUACGCUUCUUUGGGGACCACACCUCCAACCUGAGUGUGUUUGGCUGCAAGUACCGCUACCUGCCUGAGAAACCCCAUCUACGCCGGCUGGUCCGAGGCUCUGUUUGUAUGAGUAAAGUGCUGGUGGCUCCAGUGGCCAUUGUCCUUGUUGUGAUCGUUGGAGCUCUGGCACUGGUCAUAGGCCUGUUUGCUUUGCCUAUCUACUACAUCUGUAAGAGGAGGAAGCGCUCAGAGGGGUCAGGAAGCUGGAUGUGCUGAAUCAGCCUCUGUCAUCCUGCUCAGGAACUGGACACACAAACACACCACAAAAAUAGGAUAUUUGCCACCUAGAUACAACAGUCACAAUGUGAGGUUUUCCUGUUAAAUGCACCUUGUGAAUAUCCUCAAUUGCACAGCAAACCUCUCCUCCACAAAUAUCUGGGGAUAAAUGUGGUGUCUUUGGCAUUAUGAUCAAAAACUAAAUGGGGAGAUUCUGUUUUGGAAUAUUUUAUUUAUGACCCCAAAACUGAUUUGAAUUCAAUUCCAUUUUUAAAAAUGGAACCAUAGACUCUAUAUGCUCUGUUCCAAACCCUAGUGUGUGAGUUUUUUUUUGUUUGUUUGUUUGUUUGUUUGUUUUUAGCAGGGUAGGAAACUGUCUUAGAAGGCAGCUGCCUUUGUAGGUAGCAAGCAAUGAAGCAGCUCACUAGGUUCUGAAACAGAGCUUAAAUACUAGAGGAUAUGUUAUGUAAUAAAUUUUUGUCCUUUUUAAUCUAUUUGUGACGUGCAUAAGAUGUUAUAAUCUGCAAGCAUUUAGUGCCCGAUGAUGGUGAGUCGAUUAUGAUGAUGAAUUACUGUCUGUCCCUCUCUACCCCCCUUCAUCUGUGUGCUGUGCCAACAUCCGCAAGAAUUUGCAUGAUCAACAAAACACGUUUCUGUCUGCUGCACUGUUGAAAACAAAAGGCACAGAAUUACACCAUAGUUCCAUGCCAAGGUACAGGCCAUCUGUCAUGAAAAUCAAUACUGUGUCAUGCAAAGUAUUCAAGCCCUCUCUUUUAUCAGGACUAAUAGACACCCUCAAAACUAAAGCUGUAAACCAAACACAAAAUAUAUCUAUGUGCUGCAUAGUGCAUGCGUUAAUCCUGAAAGAACUGUUGUUAGCAAGUUUUUUGUUCUAUUUUUUUGUUCACAUCUUUUGUUCUUUUUGUUCUAUAUUUUGUUUUUCGAUGUGUUUCCCUAAUUUUAGGUCCAUAGGAUGGACACUUUGACAUUCAUUGCACACAGUUUGCACACAUGGCCACUGGGCGGCACCUUAUUCACACUGCAAAAAUCAUUUUCUUAAUCUGAAUUUUUGUCUUGUUUUCCAGUAAAAAUAUCUAAACAUUCUUGAAAUUAAUUUAUUGAAAUAUUAAGACUUGUUUUCAGAGAAUAUAUCUUGAAUGUUUAUUUUUCUUACCCCAUUGGCAAUUUAUUUUAAGCUUAUUUUAAGUUUUAAGCAUAAAUCUAACAUAGGUUUGUGUUUAAAACAUGAAUAAAAACUUAUUUGCCCAUGGGGUUAGAAACAAAUAUUAAAACAUUAUUCAAACCGGUCUUAUUUAUCUUAAUAAUAAAACUUUCCUUCUUAAUUUAAAUUGUUUAAGGAUGUUAUUUUUUACUGGACAUUCAAUACAAAAAUACUGAUUAAGAAAAUCAUUGUUUUGCCGUGCAUUUAGUGGCAUGUUGAUCUAAUCUGCCACCUUGCCAGAUACCAUCAUUGCCUAAUAGGCAUCCCUGCUGUAAUAUUGCACAGUGUUAUAGAUUCAUAUCCACUGUAUUCCAUUGCCAUGUGUUGUGUUUGAAAUCCCAUGUUGUUACAAAACCCAACUACUGUUGCAUGCCAACACUUAUAGGAUGGUGAAGUACGACCUUGACCAUUUGAAAUAUAUUCACUUUACUAAAGUACAUGAAAUGAAAUGUAAACAAAAGGCAACCCUUAAAGGUAUAUUUCACUCAAAAAUGAAAAUUCUCUCAUCAUUUACUCACCCUCAUGCCAUCCUAGAUGUGUAUGACAUUCUUUCUUCUGCUUAACACCAACGACGAUUUUUUAGAAGAAUAUCUUAGCUCUGUGGGUCCAUAAUAUGCAAGUGAAUGUUGACCAGAACUUUGAAGGUCCAAAAAUCAUAUAAAAGUACCAUAAAAUAAUCCAUAAGAUUUCAGUGGUUAAAUCCAUAUCGAUAUGAUAGGUGAGGGUGAGAAACAGGUAAAUAUUUAAGCCCUUUUUUUCAAUAAAUCUCCACUUUCACUUUCAUAAUUCUUCUUUUGUUAUUGGCUCUUCACAUUCUUUGUGCAUAUCGCCACCUACUGGGCAGGGAGGAGAAUUUAUAGGAAAAACGAAUCUGUUUCUCACCAGCACCUAUCAAAUUGGUACUGAAUAUAUGGAUUUAACCACUGGAGUCGUAUGGAUUAUGUUUGUGCUACCUUUUAUGUCCUUUUUGGACCUUCAAAAUUUUGGACCCCAUUUACUUGCAUUGUAUGGACCUACAGAGCUGAGAUAUUCUUCUAAAAGUCUUUGUUUGUGUUCUGCAGAAGAAAGAAUGUCAUACACAUCCGGGAUGGCAUGAGGGUGAGUAAAUGAUGAGAGAAUUUUUAUUUUUAGGUGAACUAUCCCUUUAAGCUCAAUUUUCAGUUCAACAUCUAUCCCAUGUUGAUUUGAAUUAAGAUAGACAUUAAUUCUCCAACAAAGGCUGGUCUGGAGGAAAGACAGGAAGCACAGGGGAAAAGCACUGCCGGAAAGGUAGAAACCAUAACAAUGCAGGCAGUCUGGAACAUCAGGAAUAUGAGUAUUAAGGCAUAGAGCAACUCGUAGUCUGACUGGUCGAAUACUCAUUUGGGACAUGCACUGGAAAAAUAAUUUUCUUAAUCAAUACUUUUGUAUAUGUUGACCAGUUAAAGUAUCUAAAAGUCCUUAAAACAAAAUAAAUGUUCUUGACAAGCAAAAUUACAAAAGAUAUUGCGAGUUAUUUUCAGUGAAGGUAUCUUAAAUUACGUUUAUUUUCUUACCACAGUGUUUUUUUAACGCAUACGUUUUUAUUUUGUUAUGCUAUAUAUAUAUAUAUAUAUAUAUAUAUAUAUAUAUAUUUGCCAGUGGGGUAAGACAAUUAAACUUAAUUCAUGAUAUGUCUUAUUAGCUUACACAGUUUUACUUCUCAAAUUAAUUUAUCAUGUUUAAAAGAUGUUUAGAUAGUUUUACUUGAAAAUAAGACAAAAAUAGGCUACUGAGGCUACUUUUUUUUUCUUUUUUUUUUUUUUUUUUGCAGUGCCACAUGCAAAAUUUAUGAUAAGUGUCUGAUUAUUGUGGUUGUCAGUUAUUAUCAUUUCAAAGUGGUUUGGGUUUUUGAGACAAUCAAUUAUGAAAAUGCAUUUUGGCUGUUGUGAAUGCCCCUGUUAUUCUCAGGAAGAAUUGCAUCACAUUUCUACUGUUAUAUCACUCCUGUACAGAUAACACAAUUAUCUGUAGAUAUAUUGAGAAUAAGUAAAGAAAACAGAAAUACAGUGCAUCAAUUUCUUAAUCAGUAUUUUUCUCUUGUUUUCCAGUGAAAAUAUUGAAACAUCCCUAAAAGAUCAAUUUAGUAAAGAUGCAAAACUACUUUGUUUUCAGAGAAUGAAUUAAGUGAAUUAAAAAUCUUAAAUUAAGUAAAUAUUUCUUAAGUUUCAAACAUGUUUUAAGCAUCAAACUAAUAUAUAUAUAUAUAUAUAUAUAUAUAUAUUAUGCUUAAAACAAGAAAAAUACUAUUUGUCAGUGUGGUCAAAUAAAAUAAACAAUAUACUCUCUGAAAACCAGUUUCCAAAAAAUGUCUUGUUUUAAGGAUGUUUCUCGAUAUUUCUUACUGAAAAACAAGACAAAAAUACUGAUUUAGAAAUGUUUUUUUCACUGUGUGGGUCAGAAUAUUAGCUAACAAACUGCUGUUUCAACUUGCUAACAUUAUAAGCAUUAGGCCUACCUCAGAAGUGCCAAUGUGGUUGUUUUACUUAUUGUUUUCGUCAACAGAUGGUGCCUUUUACAAAUGGGAUUAAACAUACUUAAAGGAACUGAAUGAGCAAGUUCUUUAGAAAGUAUAGUAUAGUUUGAAAGCACACUUGCUGUAAUCGAUAUCCAAAGACAUGUAAUAUUGUAUUCCCUAAAUAUACUGUAGUGUGUGUCUUAGUCUAGUACAACACCCAUGUCACAUGUCAUUUUGUUUCAGGAAAAAAAAAAAAAAUGCACAUUGUAUGUAUAUUAUUAUUUUUUAUGUUUUGUUCUAUUCUUCCAUUGUUACAUUGCUGCUGCACUUUAUUUUCAGUAAAAGAGUCAAUUCAGGCCUGCAGACAGCAAACAUAUUAGUGAGUGAGUUGUUUAUCAAAUUUAAUUAAGAAAUAAAAGGAGCUGCCAACAA